AACCAAUAACCAACCGUGGAGUUAGUUUUACAAAAGCGCGUUUUAGAAAUAUUUUGGUUUUACCGUCACCAACCUACAUGUUUCAAACGCGUGGAAGUGGUUUAAGUAAGCAAAGUAGCAAAUGCUGGCCAUGCCUGCACAUUUAAUUUUUUUCGUAGCCAGUGAUAUUAGUGACUGGGUUAAUGGUUCUAGCUGAAGUCUGUGUCAGUUGUGUUUCUGAAAAUGGAAAAUAUCUCAAAUAAUCUAAUUAAAUUUGUUCAAUAUGGACAGCUAUGCCUGCUGAAAGAAGAACUCGAAGCUAACAUCGAUAUCCGACAUUCGGUUAUUAGUGGGCAUUUCGGAAGGUCUGGUGAUACGCUCCUGCAUUAUGCGGCCAGGCACGGACACUUGGAUAUUUUGACAUAUUUAGUUGAAAUCAUAGACAUGGACAUCGAGUUGCACAAUAACGAUUACAAGAGGCCAAUCCACGAAGCGUCUUCGAUGAGCCAUGCACGCUGCGUGAGUUACCUUUUAGAAAGGGGCGCUAAAGUGGACAGUUUGAAAAAGGCAGAUUGGACACCAUUGAUGAUGGCGUGUACUAGACGUAGCCUAGAGGUCAUUGAGCUGCUGCUGAAGUGGGGUGCCAAUCUCUCUCUGAAGAACAAAGAUGGCUGGACAGCCUUCCACAUCGCGUGCCGUGAGGGAGACUCUGUCGUCAUACAGCGCCUCCUGCUGGCCAACUGUGAGCUGUGGAGGACCGAGAGCAAGACCAAAAGAACACCUCUACACACAGCAGCCCUGCAUGGAUGUGAAGACGUUGUCCAGAUUCUCCUGGAGAGGAGUGAGUAUGAGCGAGACAGUAGAGACAGCUGUGGGGUCACACCCUUCAUGGACGCAGUGAGAAGUGGUCAUAUCUCCACUGCCCGAUUACUCCUGGAGAAACACCAGGCCUCUCCUAUAGCUGUGGAUGUGUUGGGGGUGCCGCCUCUACACCAGGUGUGUGUAACUGGCCAGGAGGGGGCGCUACGCUACCUGGUGCAGGAGUUGGGGGUGGACGUCAACACAAGGGCCACCAACAUGCAGCUGACCGCACUGCACUACGCUACUAAGGAAGGACACACCAACACUGUGAAGACCCUCCUAGAACUGGGGGCAGAUCUGUAUGCCACAGACACAAAGGGGCGCACAGCCUUGCACAUGGCCAGUAUUGGUCAGCAUGCAGACACGGCCGCUGCUCUGCUGGCUCUGGGGCUGGUGGACUCCGCCGACUCAUCAGGCGUCCGGGCCAUACAGCUCGCCAGGAAGCCCGCGGUUAAGAGCGUGCUGGAGAACCACGCCCAGAACACACCAUGAGCCACGCCCACAAUAUACCAAGAGCCACGCCCACAACACACCACGAACCACACCCACAACGCACCAUGAGCCACGCCCACAACACACCAUGAACACACAUCAACAAAAAAACGUCACUCACCAUCAUGAUGCACGCCCAUAACACACCAUGAACACACACCAACAAAACACACGUCACACACCACCAUGAUGCACACCACUGACAUACACCUUGGCAAUCUACUCUAAGCGCUCUCUGUGUAUGCCUACAAGUAAGCAUUCAGCAUUCUCACACACACACACACACACUUCAUGUUUGAUAACAUACAGACAGAUGUCUGGCUUUUGACUUGAAAGCUGAAUCUGUAAGACAAUGAACACAAAGUUUGCACAUGUGUAUCUUCCAUCCUCCAUUAAUCACAAAAACACACACACACACAAGCAAGCUAUGCACAGAAGAUACUGUGACAUGACACCAGUCCUGUGUGUGUUGACAUGGGAACUGUGGCGUGGAAGCUGGUAGCAUCUCAGAUCCACAGUGUUUUCAUGUCCUUAUCCUGUGUACAGAGGAGCUGAGCGAGGGCUCCCAACUAACUCCCCUGGAGAGGUCUGUCUGUCUGACAUGCUAACUCCCCUGGAGAGAGCUGUCUGUCUGACAUGUGUGGGAUUAGCAGCAGCAGGCUGUGCCAGAUUGUCCCUCUGACCCUGUGUGUACUGCAGUCAUGUGACAUGCUGCUUCACUAUUGUACUGACUUUGUACGUCGCACGCCAGAAGGGUGAGUGUGUAUGUGUGAGUGUGUUUGAGGGAGGGAGGGAGGGAGAGAAUCCUGCUUGUCAAGACAGACCUGCUCCAAUGAUGGCCAUCUGUACAAUAAGUAAACAAUAAAAGUCUUAACCAAACCAA